AUGUCUAUAUCUUCGGAAAAUUUACAAAACUUUGAAGACUUUACCAUUGUUUGGCUUUAUGGACAUCCAAUAGAACGUGAAAUUUUUGCUGGUCAUGGAAACUUUCUACGGGCCUUUGUUAAUUCAUUCAAACAGUUUGAUGAUGCGUCAGAAUUUUUGAACUAUAUGUUGUCCAUCAAAACCUAUCGAGAAGCUCCAAAGACUUUUAUAGGCCCAGCUCCUGUCAAAUAUGAAAAUAUAUUUGUGGUACUUCCUAAUGCUUACAAUGAACGUUUAACAAAACGGAUACAUGAUUUAUCACAUGUUGAACAGAUUUACAUCUACAAUGAUUGUGAUGCUGAAAAUUUGUGGACAAAAAAAUAUUUAAAAGUUCGUGGACCUUAUUCUGUUGAUGAUUUGCAAGAUAUGUUUGAUACUAUAGCUUACGAUGUUCGGUGUGCUCUAAACAAUUUAUUACCGAUUACUAUCUUUGAUCGAGAGUCUACAGAAUUUAUUUAUAAAGAUUUGACACCUGAACAACUUGAUUUUCUUUGGUUUCAAGUACUUCUACGAACACUUCAAGAUACUCCAGUUAAACAAACAAUAAAAGAAAUAAUUGAUGAAUAUAAAUCACAUUUUACAGGCAGUAUAAUAAAAGAAGCACUAAUGGAGGAUUUUGCUAAAAGUUAUUCAAAGGGAAAUGCAAUUCAUUUUUACUCAACUAAUAAGGUAUGGCUGUCAACAAUUUUGAACAAAGCAUGUCGAAUGGAAGUCAUCGAAAUAUUAUACAAAUUUCGAUUUGUUUUUCAAGAUAUUCGAACUUGUUGUGUUAAAUUACAAAAAACAUUCAAAGAACAAACUUUAACUGUCUAUCGACAACAGUUUUUAACUAUAUUCGAUUUAGAUAAAUUGAGCAAAAAUAUUGGUAAGUUAAUUUCAUUUAAUAAUUUUUUCUUUGCAUCGACAGAAGAAUAUUUUGAUAAAGAUUUUGAAAGUCAUUAUGGCUCUGCAUGCGGACAAUAUGAGAAAGCACUAAGAUAUCUUACUAUUGUUUGUAAUGAACAUCCACCAGAAAGCUCUGAAGAUUCUGUUAUUUAUCAAAAUAUCGGUGCAGUUUACUAUAAAGUGGGUGAAUAUGAAUUGGCUUUGAAGUAUUUCCAAAAAUAUCUUGAUCAUCGUUUAAAAAAUACAGCAGCAACUGAUCUCUCUCUCGAAAGUAUCUAUGCUGAUAUUGCAACCAUCUAUAGUGAAAUGAAGAUGCUCGAUGAAGGGUUAAAGUACUGCGAUAUGGUAAUAUCUAUGCAAUCAGGUGAAUUAAAAGACAGUACAGAUGAAGAUCUUAUGAGAGUUUUCAUCGCGCAAGGUUCAUGUUUACAAAGAAAAUUUGAGUCGAAGUUAGCACAAGAAUCAAAUUUCAAGGCUCUUGAAAUAGCUUUGCGUGUCGAGUCAGAAAAUAGUCCGCUUCUUGGCGCGCUAUACAAUAAUAUAGCAUCGUGUUACCUUAGUUUACGUGAAUAUAAAUUGGCUGUUAAAUAUCAUAAGAAAGGAUUGAAAAUAAAAAAGAAUUAUUUACCAGCGAAUCAUCCUUCCAUCGCUACAUCUUAUCAUAAUAUUGGUGUGGUCUAUUUGAAUCAAGGUUGGCUAAUAAAUGAUUCUUAUUUGAGACGAAAUAAAAUUGAAGAUGCAAUAGAUAAUUUUAAAAAGUGUCUUAAUAUACAGUUGCAAACCCUGCCUGAAGAUCAUCCUCAUGUUGUUGCUACUCUACAUUAUUUGCAAGAAGCGAAAGAAGCUCUUGUCUUACCAGGUGCGCGAAUUAUUAUAGGUGAUACCGAGAUACGUUUAGGUCAUUCUCAACUUUUACAGUUUGUGCAGUCAUUGAACAAGAGUACAGAGGCAACAGAUCAAGGUGAAAGUGGAAAUUGA